ACGGGACAUGUGUGUCUCUCCGCCGUUACCAUCCAGUCAGCAAGACCAUUGAUGAAAAUGACGGCGGAAAAAAAUGCUAUAAAAGCCUUGUGGGCAAUUGAUUCCCUGCAAGUUGUCAAUGCAUGGCAGCCAUCUACUCGAUCUAACAAACCCAACCUCUUUUAUCAUGAUCGAGUUGACGACCAUCUUUGCCGGCGCUUGUUUGCUCUUCUGCAUUUUCUAUCGAGGAAGCAAAAUCUCGUACCCGACCGCAUCGGCAGGAAUCCCGUGGCUAGGCACACUCGUCCGCUGGAACGAGGAUGCACCGGCCUUCUUGCAAUCCGCGCGCGAGAAAUACGGAGAUGUCUUCCGCGUUAAUCUCAUCUUCUUUCGGGUGACCUUCAUCGUCGGAACCGAAGCAAACAAGUUCUUCUUUCGCGCGAAGGAUGAUACCCUCAACUUUUUCACGGCGAUGGCUCGCUUUUCGGAGUCCUUUCUUGGGCCAGGGAUCUUUUCCAACAUGGAGUGGGUUGCUGAAGCCUGGAAGUACAUUACCAAGGGGUUUAACACACCGUCGCAACUCAAGUUCUACAAGCAAACCAUCAUGCAAGACGCCGAAGCCGCCUUCAAGCAAUGGGAACAGAAGGGACGAGUCGAUCUGUUCGUCGUCGUCAGCUCUCUCGUCUCGCAAACGGUGCUUCGAUGCAUGUUUGGCGACGAGCUCAUCGACAAGCACGGUGAAGAGAUCGCAUCCCUCAUAUACGAGAUCGAGACUCUGUCGGCGGCGCCGCUGCUGUUCGUCCUCCCUCGGUUUCCGUCUCCACCACAGAUCCGAAUCACUCGUGCCAGAAACCGCUUGUUAAGUCUCUUCGACGGGAACAUUGCAGACAGGAUCGACAAUCCUGAAAAGUGGCGCGAUUCGCAUGACUACAUUCAGACCGUCCUGAACGACAACGGAGCCAUAUGGCAACGCUAUUUGGGCUUGCACACCUUAAGCGUUGCAUUAGCCGCCUUCACAAAUACCGCAGGCACGAUGGGGUGGACGAUCGCCAGCAUUGCGGCAGACCAAUCAAUCCUCAAGAAGGUCGUCCAAGAGGUGGAUUCGAACCCAAUGGAUGGCGACGUGAUCAACAGUCUCAACUCAUUGCCCUUCCUCGACUGCUGCAUGAAGGAGACCGUUCGGAAGUAUAGCUUGCUCAUGGCUCUGCGAACCGCGGAGCAAGAUAUCACCUUCAACGGCCAUGUCAUUCCAAAAGGAGAAAUUGUCUCGAUCUCCCCGCUUCUCGUCCAUCGCGACCCCGCAAUCUUUCCCGACCCCAAUGCAUACAAGCCGGAACGAUUCGCCGAGAAGGUGACGUUGGAGAAAGUCAACCGCGAGAUGGAGUUCGUGCAGUUCGGACAUCUCAAGCACAGGUGCCUCGGCGAGCGCUUUGCCAACCUUGUGUUGAAGAGCGUUUGGCAUAUGCUCUUCAGCGAGUAUGAUGUCGAAUUGGAAGCGCCGCUGCCCGAAGCGGAUUUUACGAAAGCGGCCGGGACACCGUUCCCGAAGGCCCCCAUAAUGGUGAGGAUAUCUCACCGCCUUGCCCAAGACCGCACUCUCAGCGUUCGAGCGAGCGGUAAGUCUCGUGUCAAUGGAACAGUAGUAGUGGCCGCUGAGACGUUCGUUCGCGAGGAGUAGACCCUUAGUGCCAGACUGGUUUCCCUUUGUCUGAUGUCCGCUUGUCGUAAAAGUCUCAUUAUACAUGUUGGG